AUGGCUGAUCACGGCGUUACUCGGGGUAGCGGGGAAGUAGUUGAUCGUCCGGAGGACGAGGGAAGACCAAUGGUGGCCGAAACAGAGGAUCGGCCGCCAAUGGGGGUUGUUAUAGACGCCAGUGCAGAGGUAGCGGGCGGCGGCGAUGGCGAACAGGGCCACGAGCAGGAGGCGGGUGGCGAAGGUAACCAUCGCGCGACAGUUUCAGAGCGUCGCGCGACGGAGGAGGCCGGGGCCGUAACUGCUGGAGUCGUGCAACUGGACCCGAGCGAGGCCGUGAGUGGCUCGGUGGUAGUUGGUGGCGGUUCCGAGGGCACAGGCAGUGGAAGCGCCGAGGGUGGUGGCGACGAGCCAAGCGAGACUCCGCCAAGGGAUCCGGCGAAAGGUAUUGUUAUGAGCUCGGUGAUCGGUGGUGGUGAGCUCGGCAAUGGUGAUAAGGAGGUGGUGGUGGCCGGCAGUCGUGGUGAUAACCGGGGUAAAGAAAUGGACUACGGUGGUGAUGCUUGGGGUGGUGACGGAGGCACGGGCCGAGGGGUGAAAACCGUGGAGGUUACGGGGUGGUAUGGCCGGUUGGAGGUGGGGCGUCGAGAGGUGGUGAUGGCAGGAGGAGUGGCGGAGAGGUGGAGGAUUAUGGUCGGGCUGCCGAGGAAAAGGUGGAGGUGA